CGUUUCCUGUUGCUGUGGCGGCGGCUCCCGGGACCGAGAGUACAACCGGCGGCUCCCUGGGGAGUCCGACUGUGCAGUAAAUGUCCAUAAGAACUGCAAGAGUUUACUGGCUGAAUGCAGCAACACCAGACCCAAGCAGAAAGAUUUGCAGCACAGACCUUCUGGAUCACCACAAAGUUCGCCCCAGUACAUUUCCCCAGCCGCUUCUUUGAAGGAGCAGCCCCGAAGUCUUCUCUUGGGACCGGAUGGCACCCCAGUACUGUCACGGAAUCUCGGUAUGACUAUCGCCCAAAGAGGAAAUUCUCAGUCUUCAUUGAAUACUGCUGGAGCUGUUAAUAAAUUUGGACUAAUUUCAGGAGACAUGGAUGAAGGGGAUUCAGGCUUUAUAAAAUUUAAGCAGACUUCGGAUGACGUUGUCUCGCUUGCACCUUCAACAGCAGACUCCAUUUUUCUGGAAGAUGCAUAUUCUGUAUCCCUUCGAAGUGAAAUAGAAACAGAUGCUCAUGAGUUUGAGGCAGAGUCUUGGAGUGUUGCAGUGGAACAGUCUUAUGCAAAAAGACAAAAGAAAGAUGUUAUAAAAAGGCAAGAUGUCAUUUAUGAACUAAUGCAGACCGAAAUGCACCAUGUUAGGACACUGAAAAUAAUGCUGAAGGUGUACUCCAAAGCCAUGAGAGAGGAACUGCAGUUCCCAAACGCAGUCAUCAACAAGCUCUUCCCCUGUGUGGAUGAGCUGCUGGAGAUGCACAGGCAAUUUCUGCUCCAAUUAAAGGAGCGGCGAAAGGAAUCCUUGGAAGAAGGCAGUGACCGAAAUUAUAUAAUCCAGAACAUUGGAGACCUCUUGGUAAAACAGUUUUCAGGUGAAAAUGGGGAAAGAAUGAAAGAAAAAUAUGGUGUAUUCUGUUGUGGACAUAAUGAAGCUGUUAGUCACUAUAAAGACCUGCUCCAAAGCAAUAAGAAGUUCCAAAACUUAAUAAAGAAAAUCGGCAACUGUUCCAUUGUGAGGAGACUCGGUGUUCAGGAGUGUAUCCUCCUGGUUACACAGCGCAUCACCAAAUAUCCAGUCUUGGUGGAACGUAUUAUUCAGAAUACAGAAGCUGGAACAAAAGAUUAUGAAGAGCUGACCCAGGCCCUUAGUUUAAUUAAGGACACAAUCACGCAUGUAGAUGCCAUGGUAAAUGAGUGCGAGAAGGGGCAGCGCCUUAAAGAAAUUAUGCAUAAGAUGGAGCUAAAAUCAUCUGGGAAAUGCAAGAAUGGGCUCUUCCGGAAGGAUGACAUGGGACAGAGGCGGCUUCUUCUGGAUGGGAUGCUGUACUGGAAAGCUGCAUCAGGGCGACUCAAAGAUAUUCUGGCAGUCCUGUUAACUGAUGUGCUGUUGCUGUUACAAGAAAAGGACCAAAAAUACACGUUUGCAUCAGUGGACUCUAAACCACCCGUUAUCUCAUUGCAAAAGUUGAUUGUAAGAGAGGUAGCUAAUGAAGAAAAGGCAAUGUUCUUAAUUAGCGCUUCCUUAAAAGGACCAGAAAUGUAUGAAAUUCAUACAAGCUCGAAAGAGGAGAGAAAUUCCUGGAUGGCGCACAUCCGCAGAGCUGUAGAAAGUUGUCCUGAUGAAGAAGGAGGAACAUUUAAUGAACCUGAAGCAGAGAGGAGGCUGGCUGAAGCAAGAGCUGCUAAGUUGAAAGAUUUUCAAGAGCGUUUGAACAUGAAAGAUGACCUGAUUAUGCAAAGUCUAACUGAGAAGCAACAGAUUUAUCUAGAAAUGUCUGAAAUGAAUGGGUUUGAAGACCAUUCCCAAGGAUCCCGAUCUAGGCUACUUCUUCGGGGAGAUAUCUCAGAAAAUCUGCAAGGAGAGGUGAUUUUGAAGUCUGCAGUGACAGAAGCUGAAAAUCUCCAGAACCUUAUCUUCACCCACUUAGGCAGUGGAUCUUGUCAGCCUGAUGAUUGCUCUGGGUUGGGACUGCCCAGGAGAGCAGAGACCUUUGGAGGAUAUGACAGUAGUCCCUCAAUUUCAAAUAAAAGUGGUAGCCUUAGGAAGAACAGUGGUGGCGACCAGAGACAGUGGGACUGGAGAGGCCCUGCAGUAAGUUCAGAUGUGCAACUCCAUGACGUCCCUUCUGAUGCAGAAGAAGGAUCUCAAACCGUAUGUUUGACUGAUGUGACAAAGCUGGAUGACAGCAGUGGUUUUCAGCCCACCAUAGAGUCUCAGCUUGUCCAAAGGAUACAAACGCUGUUGCAGUUGCUCUUCAGUCUUCAGGCAGUGAUAUCUCAGCAGGACAGCUACAUUGAGAUGCAACGAGCUACCAUGGUAGACCGGGAGAAGCAAUACCGGCUGCAGUCUACACGAGGCAAUCUGCUGCUAGAGCAGGAGAAACAGCGGAACUUUGAAAAACAGAGAGAAGAACUGAUGAAUGUACAGAAACUUCAGAGCCAGCUGAAGCUGGAGCAGCAACGCCUGGAACGGGAAAGGAGUCGGCAGCAGAGGGAAUUUGACAGCACUGAAGCUCGGCUGCAGGAGCGUGAAGAGGAGACUCGGCAGCUGAGAGAGAAGUUGAAUCAGGAGAGGGAAGAACUUGAGAGGCAGCGAGAGGCCUAUCAGCAUGACCUGGAGAGACUGCGGGAAGCUCAGAGGGCAGUUGAGAAAGAGAAGGAGCGUCUAGAUCAGCUCAGGAAGCUGAAGAAGCAAAACACAGUGUCAGGCACGUUCUCCCCAGAAAUGGGACAGAACCAGAUGCUAAGUCAUUCUGUUAGCUUCAAUGGAGAAGGGGUGGAACCACCUCUCCCUGUCUUGAAAACCUCUGUGAGAGUGAGCGUCUCCGGGAUGGAUUACCUGGAACGGCCGGACUUGGUUCGUAGGGACAGUACCACCCUGGAGAGUCGUCCGGUCCUUGCGCUGAAGAAUGAAGUGCCAAUACAUCUCCUGAGUGCUACUAAUCAGAUACAGAAACCGGCUGCAGUCCAGCAGCAGAUUCCUACUAAGCUGGCCACUUUUACAAAAGGAAGCAAAGAGAAAGGUGGGAAGAACAAAGCAUCUCACAGGACAGACAGUUCAGCAUCUGUUGAUCAGAAGCAACUGCUGCCCCCCAGGCUUGCUGGACGAGAGGAAGGUGUCCUGAGGGGCAGACGAUCAGCAAGUCCAGUCCUCCCAAGCAGCCAGACAACUGCAUUCCAGCCAGAAUUGUAUGGCCAUACAGAUGCUCAGCUGGAAGCACUUUCAUCUGCCUCAGUGACCCUAUUCAAGCCCAGUAAUGCUCCCGUUCAGACGCUGGUGACCUCUCAGCCAAGUCCGUUGAAUGUGCAAGAUGAUACCAGCAAAGAAGAUGUCAUUUUCUUCUAGUUGUUUCCAUUUAAAGAUUAAUCUUCUGCCAUGUUGUUUCAAGAACUCAGGCCCCAGUGUUCAACAUCACAGAAACCUGACGUGGACGCCUUUUCAUCCCUGCCCCAUUACUACUAGCAAGGACCAGACCAGGAUUACUGUUCUACUUUGUUGGCUUCUCUGCCAGCAGCUCAGAAUGAGGGCACAGUAGUAACAAUUUGCUUUUAGAUUCUCCAAACAUGGAUAUGUAUUGACAUAUAUGGUAUGGGUAUAUAAAUUCAGAGCAUAUUCAAAUGCUGCCAUUUAUUGUAAUGUGCUCUUUUCAGAGAAUGUACACUCUUUGUGGGCACCAUCUUGUAAAUUGUUAUAGUUGAUGCUGAACCGCCCAGAUUUUUAUGUAAAAAGUUUUAGUAGUAUGCCCCAAAAUGGCUGCAAAUUUUUAAAUCCUUUUUCACAGGUACAUGGUCGGUAAUGGAUUAUGCUGACAGUGUGUUAACAACUAGUUGACUAGCAAGCCAGUCUCCUUACAGCCAGGCAGGACAGACAUUGUGGUACCUGCUCAGAGGAGCCAGAACGGUGAAUUCAGUGGAGCACACGCUCAGUGGCCAGGUACAGCAGAAGAAAGAAGGUAAGCUUCUUAACAGAGUCUUCAAGGGUCAGGAGCUCCACCUGCUUGUGGAUGGGAAGGGUUGGACAUGGGAGAAUGCACGACGGUAAUGAAGAGUUGGACUAAAUGCACAUUUCCUUGGCCAUCAGCUGCACUGGGAUACCUGUCUCCUUGGACACAUUGGGCAGCUCUCCAUGCUAGUGAGAGCAGUGCAGGUUCCCAAGCAAAACUCAUGAGUUGGGUCAGAAUGAACUUAGGGACUUGGAUUUUGUUCUUUGCUGAAGAUAUGUAUAAGAAGCGCUGGAAUGCAGUAAUUUAUUGUCUUGUUUAACCCUGAGUUUUCUGCAUCUUCUGUUUGUCUGUUAACUUGUUGGGACUUUACUCCAAGUACCAGAAGAUAUCAAAGCUGCUGUUACUGCAGAGACUUGUCUGCAGCACUGUGUUAGGAAUGAAGGGAAUAAGAACUGUUUGGUUUUAAAAUUAAAAAAAAAUAUAUUCUUAGCUAAACCUGUGUUGGUUAGCUGCUUACAGCUAAACCAGCUUUGAUACCUCUUGUUAAAUGGGUCAGUUCUUAAUCGUGGAAUGGUGAUGACAUUAAGUGUUCUGCUCAAAAGGCAUUAUUUCCCUUUGUAGUAAUUUGCACAGUCAUUUUGUUGUAUUAUAUUACUUCACUCUGUAUCUCGGUUCUUUAUUACACGCAUCACCUAAGGAUGUGUGUUCCAGUAUAUGUUGAAUGUGACCAGUCACAUAUAUUGUGCAGUGGAGAGAUUGUUUAGAGGGUAUUAUUACAGAAUUAAAGAAAUCAGUAUCUCGGAGCUUAAAAACUUGGGUUAAUACCUUUCAGAACACGAUUGAUAGUAGUUGUUUUCAUAGCUUCAACUCUGGCUUAAAGUGAUUUUUAACACCAGUGGAUGGAAUGCAUGGUCAGUUCUCCAUCCAGUCGCAUGGCAAUUUGUCAAUCUCCUCAAAUCAUGCUGUCUCAGUGGUUAGGCCCUAUGUGAUGAUAUGCCUAUGUUAAGGCAGUAACUUCACUUUGCUUGAAAGUUUCUAAUUUCAGUAGUUACAGUGCAGGAAACAUUAUACAUUUUCAGGAGAAAAUACAGUUUGUUUUCAAGUGGUGAUAAUUUGGGUUAUUGUCUUCAGACAAGAAACUGAAAAAUCCAAAUUUACUGGUCAGAGUGAGGGGAGACAGAUAAGCUACAAAAUACUGAAUUGGGCCUAGGGAGCAAGCACUCCUUGCUGCAACACUUCUUGAAUUUAAAGGUCGUCAUCUUUGAGAAGCAAAACUGGCAUUAACCUGAAGCAAUGGCCCUGAGUUCAGUGAGAGGAAAUGCCAAACCAUCUGGCUUGUUACCAGACUGGUGAUACUCCCCCACCGCCAACAAAUUAUUGCUAUGAAAUUGGACACACUUCACUGUAAUACCAAAGGACUUCUUGGUAAAACAUCAGUGUUGCAGAAUUUAUGCAGAUUAUCAGUGGCUAGAUUGGCAGAAAACAGGAUGGGGAACACAGUGAUUUUUGUAUCGUUGUGAUCCGAUGUUGAUGAUGGUUGGAACAUAGUUCUACAUUAUAUUCAUUUUUUGCGUUCCUAAAGGCUAGAUAGGAAUAGAGAGGAAAUCUUCUUAAAAUUAAUGUAUCUUCCGAUCAAGCCAGCAUGUGAGAUCCAGCAGCUCUUUAGGACUGAUUUUUCAAUCAGCUGAUGUGGAGACUCCAGUCAUCUCCGAUAUCCGUGUAAUUUCGCCUGUAAGCAUACAGUGAAGCAGCAAAAAUGCACAGUAUGUUCUCUCCUUCGUGCUGUGGUUUGGGCCACUCCUAGCGAACACUCUAUGCCCCCAUUGUCUUAAAGUACCAGGUUUUUAGGAGUUUUAGCCUGAAGUGAAGUUGCAUCAGUGGAAUAAACCACCUCAACCAAAGAGGGAUGGCUCUGUUUGGGUAUUUGAAAACAAUUUUUGGAAACAUUUAUUUGGUUUAAUUUUGUGCCAGUCCUAAAGUAUGGGACAGAGUGUUCUAUGAACUGAAGGUGUUUAUUUGGCUACUUUCUUCUUCUGUGCAAUGAAUGAACUCGGAUAUGGAACAGUGACAUCUAGAAAAUAGGCUGCAGUGAGGUCUCAUUUCUUUUAAUGUUUUAGCUUAAAUACUACUGUUUUCAUACUUGUCAGCAGUACUUCGUAUAAUUUCUGGCUGUUAGCAAAUGGACCCAGGACCGCUACAGGCUGGGCUGUUGGUUCAGCACCUCAAAAGCUCUGUGGAAUACAGGUCUUCAAUCUGUAACUGAGAAAUUACCUUAAAAAUCAUUAUCUGUCCCCAAUACACAUGUCUAGCUGCAUCUAGCUUUAUGAAAACUGUUUUCACCCUGAAUAGAGACGGCAACUCCUUUCACUUGGGUCAAAACCAUUUAAGUGCCAUAGUUGGUAUUCAUGUGGCUUCCUGUUCAGUACUGUGCCUAGCUUGGGGAAGGCUUUAGAAUCAGCAAAUGCUGUGAUAUCUCCUUGCUGGUGCAGAGUUUACCAUACCAGAGUAUGGUAAAAUUAUUUGUAGGAGGCUGAGGGAAGCAAGUGAAAGAUUUUUUUUUUUUUUUUUUUUUUUUUAAA